AUGGAGGCAGAGGCGGCGCUGGACUUCACACCGCUGAAGCCCGAUGAGUUGCACUUGGCGAUGCUGGCCACAGAGCACCCGGCCAUCCAGGCUUUUGGCAAGGCUGUCGAGGCCCACGUGGAGGACGCAAAUGCGCUGCUUAGUAUUUGUGCACCGUGGCAGGAGGCCAACAAUUUUCCCAAGGAGGCUUUGCAGAAGUACAGGUUUGCCCAAGAGGUGGGGCUGGCUAUGCUACGGCAGGUGGAGAAGUUGGACUCCAUCGACCUGGACAACCUGAAGCCUUCCUGGGGUGAUCGGGACACAGUUCGCGCAUCUCGGCGUGGUGCUAUCGCUUUUGCGCAGUGCGUGAUGGAUCGUCUAGAUGGCUUGCAGGCUUUACUUGCAAGCCCGGCAAACAGAAUCAAGGAGGAGCAGAGUGUGGUAACGGACACGCUUGAGCCGAGCCUCCAGGACAAAUACAAGGAGCACUUCUUGGCACAGUCUGCAGCAGUUCUGUCCGAUCGAGACGGGGCCUCCAGGCCUGCCAAGCGUCAAAGGAAAGCGCCUGCGACCAAAGCUGAAGUCCAGGCUCUGCUGCGGAAGAUCCGCGGCACACGCGACGUGCUCCGGCAGCCGAACAAGGCAUUUUAUCGCCGCCUGCUGAACCUGGCGAGCCAGGACUUGCCCAACAGUCCCACGCUAUGCAAGGAUGCAAGCGAGUGCAUUCUGGAUGCUGCUACCUGUGCUGUGGAAUCCGCUCCAAGCGGCAAAGUCCUGGGAAAGCUGUUCCAUGCCUUGCAGCAGCUACAGGCAUCUGCAGCAUCGGACUUGCCAGGCAUUCUGCUGGACAUGGCAGAUGCAGUGAGGGGCUUGCCAUAA